UAUUUUCAAACAGUUCUCUUGUUCAAAUAUUUUAUUUCCUGUACUAAUCUACCUAUAAAUGGAAAUAGUUAAGAAGAACAAUUUUUAAAUUAUCAGGUAUUUAGAAAUUUCAGUGAGCUAAAGUUUUUUUCAUCAUAGAAAAAAACUGUUAAAUAACCUGGUGUUCUUCCAAAAUGGAGAGGAUUUUCGUUCAAUUUAUGUUUUUCAUUGUGAUCUUUUUAACCUAUUCUGUGGAAGCUCAAUUUAAAGAUAUGAAAGAAGACAAUACAGAAAGCGCACGAGGAUUUGAAGAUCCAUGUAGUGCCUUCAACUGUGGAGAAAUGGGUGAUUGCGUUUUUAAUAAUGAUGAUAUGAAGCCGCAUUGUCGGUGUAAGAAUGGUUGGACAGGAGACAAAUGUGAAACAGAUUUAUGUGGUGCCCGUGACUGUGGAGAAAUGGGUUAUUGCGUAUGGAAUGAGAAGGAGAGGAAGACACAAUGUUUGUGUAAAAACGGUUGGUCGGGCGAAAAUUGUGAAACAGACUUAUGCAGUGACUUUGACUGCGGGGAAAUGGGAAGUUGCAUAUUUAACGAACAAGACAUGAAGCCGAGAUGCCUCUGUAAGGAUGGUUGGUCCGGCGACAAAUGCGAAGCAGAUUUAUGUGGUGAAUUUAGCUGCGGAGAAAUGGGUUAUUGCGUAUGGAAUGAAAAGGAAAUGAAGCCGAAAUGUUUUUGUAAGAAUGGUUGGUCCGGUGAAAAAUGUGAAAUAGAUUUGUGCAAAGAACUUGAAUGUGGUGAAAUGGGAAGUUGCAUAUUUAAUGAACAAGAUAUGAAGCCAAAAUGCCUGUGUAAGGAUGGUUGGUCCGGUAACAAAUGCGAAACGGACUUAUGUAGUGGCUUUAACUGUGGAGUUCAUGGUGAUUGCGUAUGGAAUGAGAAGGAGGAGCUGCCGCAGUGUCGGUGCUAUAAGGGUUGGUCUGGAGAAAAAUGCGAAAAAGAUCCCUGUGCGGGGCAAAAUUGCAGCGGCCAUGGAUACUGUGACUGGUAUCCUUCAAGCGAAAUACACUGUGUGUGCAGUGACGGCUGGAGUGGUACAGACUGCCAUAUCGAUCCUUGUCAAGGAAGAAAUUGCAGCGGUCGUGGACGUUGUGUAUGGGAUGAAAUGAGGGAACAACCAAGAUGUUUCUGCUUCAACGGUUGGAGUGGUUUAAACUGCCAUAUCAGUCCCUGCCAGGGUAGGAACUGUAGCGGUCACGGAUAUUGUGAAUGGGAUUCGCAAUAUGAACGGCCUAGAUGCAUUUGCCAAGAUGGAUGGAUUGGUCCAAACUGCCAAACAACUGCUUGCGAAGAACGAGACUGCAAUAAAAAUGGAGUCUGCCUGUGGGAUCCUGUUGAAAAAAUUCCUCGGUGUCUGUGUGAGACUGGCUGGACUGGAAAAGACUGUCAAUUAAAUGCUUGCCAAUAUAGGGAUUGUAACCAGAAUGGAAUUUGUCUGUGGGAUCAAACUCAAAAAGCCCCAGUGUGUAUGUGCAAAAGUGGCUGGGCUGGUAAAGAUUGUGAGUUAAAAACCGCAACUGAAAACCGUUAUUCCAACUUGUGGUUGCUGUUGAUGUUUGCUGUGAUAACUACUUGUGCCAUAUUGUUCUUCAUCUGUUUAAUUGUCCUAAUGUGCCGGAAUAAAAGGUUAGAAGAGAAAUUACUACCAUAAAAGAAACGAGGAAUUGUCUCAGGGGGAGAGAAGGCUUCAAAGAAGAUCAAAUGAUUGCGUUUAAAUAAAGAAUGUCAACUGCACUAAAAACUAAACUAAACGCUCAUCGGCGUUUGUAAAGUGAACGC